AUGGGUUCUCUGAUUGUGCUCUCACUGGUCUAUGUCCUCGGCGGCGUUACCUUCAUUCCUAUCAUCUUUGCUCUCCUGCUUCUCCACGCCUACCUGACGCUGCCCACGGCUAAAGAUGCGCUAGAGCCAGGUAGCGGUGAUUCCGAUGUAAUCCAACGACCGACCGACGACCCAAUAGCUCUUCAGAGUGGAACAGAUGUCCUUGCUGAGAAAUUCCAGCGAACGCACGAAUCUGACGUAGCAGCGGGAUACUUCACCGUAUGUCGAGAAUAUGUUCCAGGUGGAGUCAAUGGAAAGCCUCCGGAGCGAACUACACCCGCUGGUGAGGUUAUCACGCCUGAGAGCCCGAGUGUAUACCAGAGCAUGUACCGAAGCAUAUUCGAGAGAAAACAGUCCCCUACUAUUGAUCCCGGAAAAGCAAACGGCAAGAAUAACAAGAAAGGAAGAAACGUAUUUUACAUAGUUCUACGGCAUGGGCAUCUUAUGCUGUACGAUGACUCUGAACAAGUGGAGGUGCGCUAUGUUAUCUCGCUGUCCCACCAUGAUGUCUCGAUAUAUGGUAUAGGAGAUCCUAUACCAGAGGGUGAACUAUGGAUCAAACGGAAUGCCAUUCGCCUGUCAAGGAAAUCUUCCCAACCCGAUAUAAAUAACCCGCAACCGGCGACCCUCCCCUUCUACUUGUUCUCUGAUAAUCCCUCGGAGAAGGAAGAUUUGUAUUUUGCGAUUCUAAAGAAUUUAGAGAAGCUCCCCGAGUCGCCAAAUUCACCACCAACCGCCCAACACUUUGAGGUCAAAGAUAUUGUCAAUCUGGUUAAGCGCCUACAUUCUUCGGAGGAGAACCUUCAGACACGGUGGUUCAACGCCUUAGUCGGAAGACUUUUCCUAGCUCUAUAUAAAACGUCGGAGCUGGAGAGUCACAUUUGGACUAAGAUCGCGAAGAAGAUAUCCCGUGUAAAGAAGCCGAACUUUAUUACAAGCAUUGUACUUCGGAAAAUUAACGCAGGAGAAGGAGCACCCUUGAUUACGAACCCCCGUCUUAAAGAUCUGACUGUCGAUGGCAACUGCUGCGUGGAGGCUGAUGUUGCGUACAAUGGAAAUUUCCGGAUCGAAAUCGCAGCAACCGCUCGAAUUGACUUAGGCACGAGAUUCAAGGCCAGGGAGGUGGAUCUUGUAUUAGCUGUAGUGCUGAAAAAGUUGAAAGGCCAUGUGCUACUACGCUUCAAGCCUCCCCCGAGCAACCGGCUUUGGAUAUCAUUCGAUACGAUGCCUGAAAUGGAGAUGACUAUUGAACCUAUCGUCAGUUCGAGACACAUCACAUAUGGUAUAAUCCUCCGAGCCAUUGAGAGCCGAAUUAGGGAAGUAGUUGGAGAGACUUUGGUGCAUCCUUUCUGGGAUGAUGUACCGUUCUUAGACACAUCUCGACAGCGCUAUCGUGGUGGCAUUUGGCAGGAGGCAUCACGACCGAUUGGCGACCAUGGAAUCACAGGUCCUUUCGACAUGGAACCACAAUCUACACCAAUUCUCGCCGACGACCCCUUGGGUAGUGACGUCCAAACUGUGGGCGUCGUUUCCCUAUCUCCCCCUCCAUCUCCAGGUCCUAGCGAGCAAUCGAAGAACAUGCCUAUCCUCGAUAGUUCAUCUAUGGAAAUUGAUGGUACCCAGCCGGUGGACUCCCCCUCGUCCGCUAGACAGCCUUUGCCUUCGGAGUCCGAACCUCUCACAGCCUACCAUUCUGCUAGCGCUGAACAUCUUCCCUUGGACGUGGAUGCGAACCUCGAGACUCAGGACGCCACUAGUACUAUGGUCGAUAUCCCUUCGUAUUCCAAUAGCCUAGCUACAUCGUCACUACAUAAUCGUUCAAGGCAACGCUCCGUCUCUUUCCAAAGGCCGCGUGAAGACUUUACAGACGGGCGCCCACGAACUGAUUCGAUUCUCAGCAAAGCAUCUACAAAUUCUAUUCCUGAAAAUAGCGACGAGGACGCUGGCAUCGGAGCUGGAAACAUGGCGCCACCCACAGCUAGGCCCGGGUCGUUUACAGUCCCGAAACCGUCAGAAACCAGGCAAACCAUGAGCUCAUUGGGAUCCGCCGCCGCCGCCGCCGCUAAAAAAUGGGGGUGGAAUGUCCUAGGUCGGAACGAUCCAUCGCAAAAGCCGCCUGAUAGGGGCGCAGUGAUUCCGGAUCAUCCCAUUGGUCGGGGCCGACCAUUGCCUCCCCCAGGAACUCCGCUGCCCCCUCCGGAAAGGUCGAAUUUCCGAGUCAACCCAAUCUCGAUGCCCAAGCGUAAGCCUUUGGCGCCGCACCUAUUCUCUGAAACUGCCGAAAGAGAUGAAAGGAACCUACCGGAGCUUAAAAGUCCGCGACAUAGAAAAUCAAGUUCGUCUGCCAAAACGGAAGAUAGUCGCACUCAAGAAGAGCUCUUGAUAAUCAGAGCACCAUCUGGCUCAGAGCCAAGCAGCCCAAUGCCAGACGAAGUCAAAGCUGCCGAGAACGCUUCGCUGAAGGACAAAGGCAUGGACAAGAGACUCGUCUAUGACGGUAACUUACCCGCGACAGCCAAUACCUUACCUACUGAGAAGAGUACGGUAAAUAUGAAUGGCUUCACUGAGACGCAUCCAUUGAGUACUAGGGACCAGCCACUCACAGGCCAAAAUUCUGCGGAGAAUUUAAUGUCCAAGUAA